AUGUCGUCUGUUUGGAACCCAGACAAUAUCCGCGAUGUCGCCGAAUCGCUUGGCCUCAUAAAUCUAAGUACAGACGUAACGGAGAACCUUUCACGCGAUGUGGAAUAUCGAGUCGCGCAAGUACUGGAAGAAGCUCUCAAGUGCAUGCGCCAUGGAAAGCGCACUGUUUUGACCACACAAGAUAUCUCCCAGGCUCUCCGAAACCUGGACCUAGAGCCCCUCUAUGGAUACGAGUCCCUCCGACCAUUGCGCUUUGGAGAAGCAUCACUUGGCCCCGGUCAACCGUUGUUCUACCUUGACGAUGAGGAGGUGGAUUUUGAGAAAUUAAUCAAUGCCCCGUUGCCAAAGGUUCCUCGCGAAGUAUCCCUCACAGCCCAUUGGCUCGCUGUUGAAGGCGUCCAACCGUCGAUCCCUCAAAAUCCUACCGCCGCAGACUCUCGAAACCUCGAAUUAGUCUCGAAGGGCCCCAAUGCCAACUCCACAUUAGCAGCAAUGAGCGGUACAGGCGAUGUGGAAGUGAAGCCUCUGGUCAAGCACGUGCUAUCCAAGGAGUUGACAUUGUAUUUCGAGAAGGUCUGCAGUGCGUUCUUGGAUGAGACGAGUGAGGAUUACCGAACCUCGGGUUAUUCCAGUUUACACGAUGACCCAGGUCUCCACCAAUUGGUACCUUAUUUCGUCCAAUUCAUUUCCGAAAAGGUCACGCACUGCCUCAACGAUAUUUUUGUCUUGACUCAGGUGAUGCGCAUGGCCGAGGCGCUCGUCCAGAACCAGUCCCUCUACGUUGACCCAUACAUUGCUUCUUUAGUCCCCGCUAUUCUGACUUGUUUAAUUGGUCGCCAACUUGGUGGAGCAGCUGAUGUGACUGACCAAUUCGCUCUUCGCGACCUGGCUGCUACACUUCUUGGUUUCAUCUCGAACAAAUACUCCCACUCGUCUCAUAUGCUCAAGCCCCGUCUUGUGCGUUCAUGUCUGAAGAACUGGCUAGAUCCCACCAAACCUUUCAACACCCAUUAUGGUGCAGUGAUUGGCAUGCAGGCCGUGGGUGGUGCCGAUGCCGUUCGUGUGCUUAUGAUCCGCAACCUUCGCUUGUACUCCGAUCUACUUAGCGAAGGUCUCGAAGACUCUGCUCGUAGACCUGCAGCCGAGCGAGUUCUUACUGCUUUGCUUGCUGUCCUGGCUUCUCUCCGUGACAGUCAAACAUCGCUUACCAAUGGAGAUCCUGCAUUCAUGAGUGAUGAUCUCCGUUCCCAAUUGAAUGAGAAGAUCGGUAGCCUGAUCACUACCAAGCUUGCUGAGGCUACUGAAAUUCGAUUGGCCCACCUAAUCUUGGAAGCAUGA